GCUUAUAAAGGUACUCUGUAAUUUAGCUGAAAAACUCGCCGGGCAAUUCACCGAAGAAUAAUUCCCGGCAAAAAUGGACGGCGUAAAUUCGACGAACUGGCUACCGGACGGCUGGAUCAUGGAGCAAAAACGGAGAAAAUCCGGCGCUACGAAAGGAUUGGCAGAUAAGUAUUUCAUUGAAGCAGCAACUGGGCGAUUUUUUCGAUCCAAGUUGCAGGUCCUACGCUACCUCAAGACUGAAAAGUACACUGGCAAGCUUUGGCCGGUUAAGCUUGUUUCUAACAACAAGGAGCUGACAAAUGGAGAGUCCAUGGAGAAAGAGACUUCUAGUGCCAAGAUAUUGCAGGAAAAGGUACAGAGAACUUUAAGCCCAUCUGAAAGUGGGCAGUCAUCAGAUUGGUUGCCUCCAGGUUGGACAAUAGAGAUCAAAACCAGAAAAAAUGGAGUGUCAGCUGGAAUGCGGGAAAAGUUUUAUAUAGAACUUGCAACUGGAAAGAAAUUUGCUUCAAGGUUGGCAGUUCUACGCUACCUCACAGAUGGAAAUGCAUCUGUUAGCACGCCUAGAACAAAUAUGCUUGACACUGGAAAUGUUCAUUUGACUGCAAAAGAAUAUGAGGGGAUGAAGGCUGCAGAAGAGAAGGGACCUUUGCCUGAAAAUUCUUCACUGAAUUCCACGGGGAUUGUCCCUGUAAGCACAAUGGGUGCUGAAGAGCUGCCUCCAGAUUGGUUGCCAACAGGAUGGAUGAUGGAGACCAAAGUUAGAAAGAGAGGCAAAUCAUCUGGAGCGCAAUCUAAGUUCUAUAUUGAACUGGCUACCGGACAGAGAUUUACUUCAAGGUUAGCAGUUCUACGCUACCUCGAGAAUGGGAAUGCUUCCCUUAGCAGGCUUAAACGUAAGAAGCAUGAUGCGACAAAUAUCGAUUUGAACAUGGAAGGGUCUGAUGCACCAAUUGAAAAUCAGAAUGUGUCCAAUGUAAUGAUGCUUACAGAAAGGAAGGGACCCUUGCCUGAAAUUUCUCCAUGCAAAUCCUCCGGGAAUGUCAUGGUCAGUACAUGUACCAAGGAGCUGAUACCAGAAUGGUUGCCACCAGGAUGGGCUACAGAGAUCUCAGUCAGAAAAAGUGGUAAAACGGCAGGAAGGCGAGAAAAGUUCUAUAUCGAACUGGCAACCGGGCAGAGAUUUGGUUCAAGGUUGGCAGUUCUACGCUACCUUACAAAUGGCAAUGCUUCCCCUAGCGGGCUUAAAUCGAAGGAGCUUGGUGUGCCAAAUAUUGAUUUGAACAUGGAAGAGUCUGAUGCACUAAUUGAAAAUCUAAAGGAGUCCACUGUAAUGAAGACCACACAAAAGAAGGGAUCCUUGCCUGAAUUUUCUCCAUCGAAAUCCUCUGGGAACGUUGGGGUCAGUACAGUAUGUGCCGGGGAGUUGACGCCAGAGUGGUUGCCACCAGGAUGGACUAUGGUGGUAACAGUUAGGAAAGCAGGCAAAACGGCAGGACGGCGAGAAAAGUUCUAUAUCGAACUGGCUACCGGACAGAGAUUUGCUUCAAGGUUGGCAGUUGUACGCUACCUCGAGAACGGGAAUGCUUCCCUUGAGAGGCUUAAAUCCCAGGAGCACGGUGCCUCAAAAAUUGAUUUUAUAGCGGAAGAGUCUAAUUCACCAUUCCAAAAAAGGAAGGAGUCAACUGUGAUCAAGACUAAAGAAAAGAAGGAUCCUUUGCCUGAAAUUUGUCCAACUAAUUCCUCAGGGAAUGCCACGGUGGUUACGUCGGGUGCUGAGGAGCUGCGGCCAGAAUGGUUACCACCAGGAUGGACUAUGCAGAUCAAAGUUAGAAAAAGCGGCAAAACUGCAGGAAUGCGAGAAAAGUAUUAUAUUGAUCCGGCAACUGGAUGUAGCUUUCGGUCUCGGGUGGCGAUUCUUCGUUAUGUCAAGACCAAAAAACCAUCCGCUACUAAACAAAAGAAGCCCAAAACUUUGUCACCAAAAUCCUCAGGGAAUGUUAUGGCUACUACGCCAGAUGCUAAAGAACAACCUCCAGAAUGGUUGCCUCCAGGAUGGACCAUGGAGAUCAAAGAAAGAAAAAGUGGCAAAUCUGCUGGACUGCGAGAAAAGUACUAUAUUGAUCCGGCAACUGGUCGAAGCUUCCGGUCUAGGAUUGCAAUUGUUCGUUAUAUUGAAGCUGGAAAACUUGAUGAUCCCAAACAACUUGAGAGCAAGACACAUGAUGUUAGAAUCACCAGCUUGACUGAAAUAGAUUCUACACCAUCCAAAGUUAUUUCAGAGGUGGAAACACGGCGAGCCCCAGCUGCACGUCGCCAACUUUCAUUGAUCGAGGGAUCGAAUCUCCCAUCCUGGAAAAAGCAUAAGAAGAACGAAUCCAAUGAGAAGCAGGCACCAUUCAAUAAGGGAAUCUCUGGUUCUUCCAUCGAGGAGCAUGUCAUUUUGAAAGCAAGUUCAGCUUGUGGUGAAAAUCAGUCCAGUAGCAAUGAAGCCAAUGCCAAGACCAUCACAGAUAGGUGUCCCUCAAGUCAAACCAAGAAAAAACAAGAGCCUAUGAGAAAACUUAAGGCAACCAAGAGUAAGCAAAAGCCUGUGAGAAAGGUCAAAGAAAGCCAAAGUAAGCAAAGGCCUGGGAGAAAGGUCAAAGCCCAGAACAAUGACUCAAAGUUUAAACGAGUUUUGAGGUCCAGUACUCGAAUGGAAAUUGAUUAUUCAUCAAAACCAGUUCAAGAUUUGCCAAAAAACAGGUCACCCCAUCUCCCUGAAAUUGCCUCAACAGAGACAUCAGCCAAAUAUUUGCCAGAAAUAUCAGCUGGAAGUACACUGACAAUGAAUCCCCCGGACUAUGAGCUUGGAAAUUCUUCAGAAAAGUUCUUAUUAGGUGAUUCCAAAAAGAGGAAUCAGGCAAAGGAGAGACAAGAAUGCCCUUUGUCAAAUGAAUCCAUUGGAGAAUUGUUGGACAAUUUGCUAGAAAAGAUAUUGCCUGAUCAUUUAAAGCACAACCUGCCUAAAAAUUUUCCUGAGAAAUCAGGAAAAGAGGAGCGCCCACCCAAUGAUUUUGCUGGCAAAUGCUCUGAUGAAAAUUCAAUGGGGAAGAGUAUGCCUGGUAAUUUAACACCUACAUUGCCUGGAAACUUGCCGGGAAGUUCGAGAACAAAUGAGCUCCGACCCAAUGAUUUACCUGGAAAGUGGUCAGAACAUUUGUUGGAGAAACCAGAUAAUUUGGCAGCUACAUUGCAGGAGAACUCCCCAGGAAAAUCAGGAGCUGAGGAGUGCCCACCCAUUGAUUUCACCGAACAAUGCUUGGAAAAUUCAUAUGUGAAGCCUAAUUUGAUACCUAAAUCGCCAAAAAACUCGCGAAAGAAACCAAAUAUAGAGAGGCCCUCACGCCAUUCUUUGAGGUCUACAUUGUCUGAGGACUCCCUCGAACAACAAGAAACUGACAAGCUUCAAAAUGAUGAUCUCAAUGGGAAAUCUUCUCAAAACAUAUCUCUUAACAAUUUGGCCCCAAUAGUGCCAGAAAACUUUAUGGAAAAGCCAACAGAACCCUUGCUGGAGAAUGUUCUGUCUACUAAUUUGGUCGAAAAAUUGCCUAAAAAGUCUGAAGAAAAUUUCCCAGGGGAUCUCUCGAUGGGGAAUUCAACCGAGAACUGGCCAGAAAUCUUGCUGGAAAAUCCAACUCCAGCUGAUAAACCACAGGAAAGUUCCAUAAAAGAUUUUCAAGGUAAGCUUUCUAAGGAGAACCCAACUGAGAAUUUGCCGGAGAAGUCGCCGGAAAAUAAAAUUCCGGAUGAUAAACCACCGGAAAAUUCAGAAAUUAAUAACCCAAUUUGUGCUUCUCCUUUUGGUGAUAGUUGGAAUGACCCUUGCUUGGAUUUUGCAGUGAAGACUCUCACUGGAGAGAUUCCGGUUGUCUUACAAGAAAAUCCGGCGGAUGGAGACUUUUUCCUUUAGUAAAUAGGUCUUUCUAGCCACUUUAGGCUGCUAGAAAAAUGUAAUUUGGCUGGAAAGAUAGCUGGAAAAAAUAUGACACUUUUAAAAACGUCAAAAACUGGUUUUCUAAGGUUUCUUCUUGGAGCUCCUCAUGGACUAUCUCAUUUUGUACUGUGUAAAAGAAGGGUCCUCCCUGUAGUUUUUAUCAUGCUGUGGAUAUUUUUAGGGAAUGUUGGUGUCUUCCUAAUUAAUGUGAAUGUUGACUAAAUAGGCUAUCA